GGUGGUGGAGGUGGAGGCUGGAGCAGAGCAAGCGGCGGCCGCGGCGGGGCGGCUCGGCGGCGCGGCGCGCGGCCCAGAAGCGUUGGAAUUCUGACUUGAGAGGGCUGCGUCUGAAGACAGCAGGAGUGGCGGGGCCGCCGCCGUCGCCGCAGAGAUGAGCCGGGAAGCCUGAGGCCGGAGACGCCCGCCCUCGGGCCCCGUCCACCCGGCUUCCCCGCUCCCGGCUGCUGGAAGAUGAAAGAGACUAUACAAGGGACUGGGUCUUGGGGGCCUGAGCCUCCUGGACCUGGCAUAGCCCCGGCUUACUCAAGUCCCAGGCGGGAGCGGCUUCGUUGGCCCCCACCCCCCAAACCGAGACUUAAAUCAGGUGGAGGGUUUGGGCCAGAUCCUGGGUCAGGGACCACAGUGCCAGCCAGACGCCUUCCUGUCCCUCGGCCCUCCUUCGAUGCCUCAGCUAGUGAAGAAGAGGAGGAGGAAGAGGAGGAGGAGGAUGAAGAUGAGGAAGAGGAAGUGGCAGCUUGGAGGCUGCCCCCCAGAUGGGGUCAGCUGGGAGCCUCCCAGCGGCCUCGCCCUCCCCGCCCUGCUCAUCGGAAAACCUGCUCACAGCGCCGCCGCAGAGCCAUGAGAGCCUUCCAGAUGUUGCUCUACUCAAAAAGCACCUCGUUGACAUUCCACUGGAAGCUUUGGGGGCGCCACCGGGGCCGGCGGCGGAGCCUCGCACACCCCAAGAACCAUCUGUCACCCCAGGAAGGGGGUGCGACACCGCAGGUGCCAUCCCCCUGCUGUCGUUUUGACUCCCCUCGGGGGCCGCCUCCACCCCGGCUCGGUCUGCUAGGUGCUCUCAUGGCUGAGGAUGGGGUGAGAGCGUCUCCACCAAUGUCCUCUGGGCCCCCGGGGGAGGAAGACGGAUUAAGGUGGACUCCAAAGUCUCCCCUGGACCCUGACUCCGGCCUCCUCUCCUGUACUCUUCCCAAUGGCUUUGGGGGACCACCCGGGUCGGAAGGGGAGCGAGGUCUGGCACCCCCCGACGCCAGCAUCCUUAUCAGCAACGUGUGCAGCAUCGGGGACCAUGUGGCCCAGGAGCUUUUUCAGGGUUCCGACCUGGGCCCUGCAGAAGGGACGGAACGGCCUGGGGAAAAGGCCGGCCAGCACAGCCCGCUGCGAGAGGAGCAUGUGACCUGCGUGCAGAGCAUCUUGGAUGAAUUCCUUCAGACGUACGGCAGCCUCAUCCCGCUCAGCACAGACGAGGUGGUGGAGAAGCUGGAGGACAUCUUCCAGCAGGAGUUCCACACGCCGUCCAGGAAGGGCCUGGUGCUGCAGCUGAUCCAGUCAUACCAGCGGAUGCCGGGCAACGCCAUGGUGAGGGGCUUCCGAGUGGCCUACAAGCGGCACGUGCUGACGAUGGACGACCUGGGGACGCUGUACGGUCAGAACUGGCUCAACGACCAGGUGAUGAACAUGUACGGAGACCUGGUCAUGGACACAGUCCCUGAAAAGGUGCACUUCUUCAACAGUUUCUUCUACGAUAAACUCCGCACCAAGGGUUACGACGGGGUGAAAAGGUGGACCAAAAACGUGGACAUCUUCAACAAGGAGCUGCUGCUGAUCCCCAUCCACCUGGAGGUGCACUGGUCCCUCAUCUCCGUGGAUGUGAGGCGACGCACCAUCACCUACUUUGACUCGCAGCGCACCCUGAACCGCCGCUGCCCUAAGCAUAUUGCCAAGUAUCUACAGGCAGAGGCCGUGAAGAAAGAUCGGCUGGAUUUCCACCAGGGCUGGAAAGGUUACUUCAAAAUGAAUGUGGCCAGGCAGAAUAAUGACAGUGACUGCGGUGCCUUUGUGUUACAGUACUGCAAGCACCUGGCCUUAGCCCAGCCCUUCAGCUUCACCCAGCAGGACAUGCCCAAACUUCGUCGGCAGAUCUACAAGGAGCUGUGUCACUGCAAACUCACUGUGUGAGCCUCGGACCCCAGGCCGCCAGCCCAUUCGUGAACGGGCGUGGGGCCAUGGGGGAACCCUUCCUUCCCAAGAAACUCCCAUUCCUUCCCUCUCUUGCCUCUCCACACUCAGUUCCCUUUGGUUUUUCAUAUUUAAAUGUUUUAAUUGAUUUCUGUAUUUUUUUGUUUUCUUUUGAGAGAAUACCUGUUGAUUUUUGGUGUUCAGGGGGGGCAUGGAAAAGCCUCUUUUUCCCUCUGCAGUGGGGGCGCGUGGGCUUGCGGCCUGGGUGGGGCAGUCACCCCCCCCCUUCUGUGUGCAGGGGCAGGAAAAUCUGUACUGGGGGUGGUGGGCGGGCAAAGGGAUUCCUGCCUGCCAGAUCUUUAAACUUUUUUUUAUAUAUAUAUAUAAAUGCCACGGUCCUGCUCUGGUCAAUAAAGGAUCCUUUGGAGAUACA